AUGUGAGCUGUCAAUCAUCUUCCCAGACGUUUUCUAUUGGAAGGAGGACAUAGCCGGAAACUUGCGUACCAGUAAUUGCGUCAUAAGGCACAUAUCCGACCUGUCCUUGAAGCCACAACACAGUCAAGAUGGUCGCAUACUGGAGACAAGCAGGCGUUAGCUACAUCCGCUUCUCCGCUAUCUGCGCUAGUGCCUUGCGAGCUGCGCUGAAGCCACAGUUCCAGGCUGAGGCACAGAAGGCCGCGGAAAGCAGCGUUAAAAUCCUCAAACCUAGUAAGUAA